UUUGAUCCAGGAAACAUGUCUACAGAUGUCAAUUUUGCACAAUGCUUACCAAAAUUUAAUUUAUGUGGCCAUUUAUGUGUUUAAUCCACAAUCCAUCGAGACCAGCAAGAGAUUCUGAGAACGACGUGCGCGGACUCACAAGCGUUAACUUACCGAGUUUAAAAUACUGAUAAAUUCUCUUCUUAGUGGACAAGACUGCAAGUGAUGCUGAAGGAUUGAGUGUUUUCUGAUCAGUUUUCAGGGUCAGUUUAGCUGCAGUAUGUCAGAGGAAAGAGGAAAGGACUCUCUCUCUCAGAUGAGUCUCUCAGAGAAACACAGUGUAAGAUCAGGCUCACAUGUGUCCAGCUCUGUGUCUCUGAAGAGUGAUCGCUCUAAUGAUCUUCCACCAGACUUCAGUGAGAAAACACCAUCAUCUAAUAAAAGUGUAAGAUCAGACUCACAUGUGUCCAGCUCUGUGUCUCUGAAGAGUGAUCGGUCUAAAGAUGAUCCACCAUUCUUCAGUGAGAAAACACCAUCAUCUAAUAAAAGGCUUCAAUAUGAGACAUUAGACUCAGAUAUUCAGACUCACAGGAACCACGAGAAUUUCAAAGACAAUCUUCUUGGGAUCUUCCAGGAUCUUGAGAGGAAAAUAAUCACAUUUCUGAAGAAUGAACUGGAGAAGUUAAAGAAAAUACUACAACAUGAGAACACACAACACUUUGUGAAGGACUUUAAUGAGAACAGAUCCAGUAUCAGAGAAGCAGCUCUUGAUCUUACACUACAUUACCUGAGAGAGAUGAAGCAAGAUGAAGCUGCUGAUGCUCUAGAAGAUGAGCUGUUCUUCAUUCAUCAGCUGAAAUGUGGCCUAAAGAAGAAGUAUCAAUGUGUGUUUGAAGGAAUGGUGAAGCAAGGUGACGCCACACUCCUGAAUAACAUCUACACAGAUCUCUACAUCACUCAGGGUGGCAGUGAACAGGUCAAUACUGAACAUGAGGUGAGACAGAUUGAAGUUGCUUCCAGACGUCAUGAAGCACAAGAGAUACAGGUUGAAUGCACACAUUUGUUUGAAGCGCCUGAACAAGACGAGGAGAUCCGAACUGUACUGACAAAAGGAGUCGCUGGCAUCGGGAAAUCAGUCUCUGUGCAAAAGUUUGUUCUGGACUGGGCUGAAGGAAAAGAAAAUCAAGAUAUCAGCUUCAUAUUUCCUCUUCCAUUCAGAGAGAUGAACUUAAAGGAGAAAGAAAAACUAAGUUUGAUGGACCUUAUAACUCAGUUUUUCCCAGAGACAAAAGGACUGAACCUUACAAGAAGGAAUCAGUUCAAAGUGCUGUUCAUCCUUGAUGGACUGGACGAAUGUCGCCUUCCUCUGAAGUUUGAUUGUAAUGAGACGUGGCGUGAUGUAUCGUCACCAGCCUCUCUGGAUGUUCUCCUAACGAACCUCAUGAAGGGAAAUCUGCUUCCUUCUGCUCUCGUCUGGAUCACCAGCAGACCAGCAGCGGCCAGUAAGAUUCCUCCUGACUGUAUCGACCGGCUGACAGAGAUACGAGGAUUCAGCGACGCACAAAAGCAAGAGUACUUCAAAAAAAGAUUCAAGGAUGAUAUUCAAGCCAACACAAUCAUAGAUCAUGUUAAACAAUCAAAGAGUCUCUUUAUCAUGUGCCACAUCCCAGUCUUCUGCUGGAUUUCAGCCACUGUUCUCCACAACAUUCUGGAGGAGAAGAGAAAUAAUGAUGUGAGAAACACUCAGGCUGAUGAGAUCUCUAAAACACUGCAGGAAUCAAACACUGAAGACACUCCCAAGACUCUGACACAAAUGUACACACACUUUCUCCGCUUUCAGAUCCAGCAGAGCCGCUGGAAAUAUGAUGGAGAAUACACACCAGAUGUUUCCUGGGAUAAAGACGCCAUCCUUUCACUGGGGAAACUGGCAUUUCAUCAGCUGGAAAGAAACAACCUGAUCUUCUAUGACACAGACCUGGAAGCCUGUGGUCUUGACGUCUAUAAGGCAUCAGUGUACUCAGGCAUGUGUACCCAGAUCUUUAAGGAGGAAACAGGGAUCGUUCUUGGUACCAUGUACUGCUUUGUUCACUUGAGCAUUCAAGAGUUUAUUGCAGCCCUUUAUGCACAUCUGUUUCUAGACAUCAACAAGACAAGUGUGUUUGAUCAUGAGUCUACAGAACAGAAAAACAGAAAUGAAACCAUGAUUGAUUUUCUCAAGACUGCAGUGGACAAGGCGCUGGAGAGUGACAAUGGACACCUGGACCUUUUCCUUCGAUUCCUCCUCGGUCUGUCACUCCAGUCCAAUCGACGACUCUUACGAGGUCUGUUGACACAGCGAGACGACACUGACCAGAGCAACAAGGGGAUAGUUCAGUACAUCAAGCAGAAAUUAGAAGCUAAUCUUCCUGCAGAGAGAUCCAUCAAUCUGUUCUACUGUCUGAAUGAACUGAACGACCAAACUCUGGUGAACGAGAUUCAGACCCACCUUAGCAAAGGAAGUCUCUCAUCUGGUGACCUUUCACCUGCCCAGUGGUCUGCUUUAGUCUUUGUGUUGUUGACAUCAGAGGAAGAACUGGAGGAGUUUGAGCUUCAGAAAUUCAAGAAAUCAGACGAGUGUCUCAUUAGAUUAUCGGCAGUCAUUAAAGCCUCCAGAAGAGCUCUGUUAAAUAAUUGUAACUUAACAGACAAAAGCUGUUCAUCUCUGGCUGCAGUUCUUGGAUCAGAUACCAAUCUGAAAGAGCUGAACAUGAACAAUAAUAAACUGCAGGAUUCAGGAGUGAAGCUGCUCUGCACUGGACUGAAGAAUAUAAAGUGUAAAUUGGAGAUACUGAGGUUAAGCUGCUGUUAUAUGACAGAUGAAGGUUGUUCUGAUGUGACUUCAGCUCUGAAAUCAAACCCGUCACACCUGAGAGAGCUGGACCUGAGCUGGAAUUAUCUAGGAAACUCAGGAGUGAAGCACUUAUGUGCCGUACUGAAGGAUUCACACUGUAAACUGGAGAGAUUGAGGUUAAGCUGCUGUUAUAUGACAGAUGAAGGUUGUUCUGAUGUGACUUCAGCUCUGAAAUCAAACCCGUCACACCUGAGAGAGCUGGACCUGAGCGAGAAUAAUCUAGGAGACUCUGGAGUGAAAAACCUCAGUGAUCUACUGAUGAACCCACAAUUCAAGCUGGAGAAACUACAUCUGAGUGACUGCAGUAUUACAGAGAAACAGAGUCUCAUCCUGACUUCAGCUCUGAAAUCAAACCCGUCACACCUGAGAGAGCUGGACCUGAGCGGGAAUAAUCUAGGAAACACAGGAGUGAAGCACUUAUGUGCCGUACUGAAGGAUUCACACUGUAAACUGGAGAGAUUGAGGUCAGUCACAUUCACGUACAAGAAUCAAAAUGCUUAAAAUCACUUCAACUGU